UCAUUCUCCUCCUUUGGCCGUUCCUCUACUGAUUCAUUUUCGUAUCUCCUUACUAGCUCAAAGCUUAGCGAAAAUGGUUCAACGCCUUGUUUACCUGUCGCGUCACUCUUACGCCACCAAGUCCAACCAGCACCGCAUUGUCAAGACUCCUGGUGGGAAAUUGACUUACCAGACAACGAACAAGAGAGCUAGUGGACCUAAGUGCCCUGUAACUGGCAAGAGGAUCCAAGGAAUUCCACAUUUGAGACCUGCUGAGUACAAAAGGUCGAGGUUGUCAAGGAACGAGAGGACAGUGAAUCGUGCAUAUGGUGGCGUUCUAUCUGGAGUAGCUGUUAGGGAGAGGAUCGUCAGGGCCUUCUUGGUGGAAGAGCAGAAGAUUGUGAAGAAGGUUUUGAAGCUUCAAAAGGCAAAGGAGAAAACUGCACCAAAGAAUUAGAAGAAGAAAAUAAAACCUUUUUGGAGUUUACAAUACGUUUUAAGAGAGUGAUGAGGAACUAUGUUGUAGGGAUUGAAAAAGCUAUAUUUGUUCUUCAUGAUACCUGGGGUUCAGUUUUUGUUCUCCACUCAGAUUUUACUCUCUUGAAGUGUCUCUGUUUGUGUUCAUUGGUUACUUUAUUUGGUAUAUUUCGUCCAUCGUCGUACCAUUUUCUAGCUAAUCAAGAAUAAGAGUUUAUGAA